AUGGCCCCCCAAGAGACCACCACGGCCACCCAAGAGACCCCCACGUCACCCACCACCACCCUGGAGCCCACCACGGUCACCCAGGUCACCCCACCGUCACCCACCACCACUCUGGAGACACCCACGGAAACCUCCACCACCCCAGAGACCUCCACCUCCACCCUGGUGACCACCGCGGCAACGUCCACCAUCACUGUGGAGACCUCUACAAGCAGCCGGGUGACCCCUACGACAUCCGUGACCACCCUGGGGACCCUCGCGGCAUCCACCAUCACCCAAGGGACCCCCACAACCACCAAGGUGACCCCCACAGCACCCACAACCACCUCGAGGACCUCCACAACCACCCUCAGGACCUCCACAACAACAUCCACCACUCAAGGGACCACCACGACCACUCGGGUGACCCCCACGGUGCCCACCACCACCAAGGUGACCACCACAGGUCCUCCUCCAGGGCUGUGUGAGAACGGGGGGACCCCCGGUGGCACCGGCUGUCUCUGCACCCCGUCCUACGCCGGUCCCCGCUGCGAGUUCUCCACCGACACCAUCGAGACCAACCUGCGUGACACCUUGGAGAUCCUCAGCACCUUGGGGGUCCUGGUCCUCUUGGGGGUCCUGGUCCUCUUGAGGGUCCUCAGCACCUUGGGGGUCCUGGUCUUCUUGGAGAUCCUCAGCACCUUGGGGGUCCUGGUCCUCUUGGGGGUCCUGGUCUUCUUGGGGGUCCUGGUCUUCUUGGGGGUCCUCAGCACCUUGGAGAUCCUCAGCACCUUGGGGGUCCUGGUGUCUUUGUGGAUCUUGGACAACUUGGGGAUCCUGGUCCUCUUGGGGGUCCUCAGCACCUUGGGGGUCCUGGUCCUCUUGGAGAUCCUCAGCACCUUGGGGGUCCUGGUCCUCUUGGGGGUCCUGGUCCUCUUGGGGGUCCUCAGCACCUUUGGGGGUCCUGGUGUCCUUGCGGAUUCUGGUCCUCUUGGUGGUUCUGGUUUCUUUGUGAGUCCUGAUCCUCAUGGGGUUCCUCAGCACCUUGGGGGUCCUGGUGUCUUUAGGGGUCCAGGUCUCCUUGGGGUUUCUGGUCUCCUGGUCCUCUUGGGGGUCCUGAGCACCCUGGAGAUCAUGGACACCUUUGAGGACCUGGACACCCCAGAGGUCCUGGCUCCUUUGGUGGUCUUGUUCUCCUUGGGGCUCCAGGUCUUUGAGGGGGUUCAUAGUGGAGGUCCUGGUCUUGGGGGUCCUGGACACCUUGGGGUCUUCACCUCUUUUGGGUUCCUGGUCUCUUUGGGGGUCUUGACCAUCCUGGAGGUCCUGACAGCCCUGGAAUUCCUGUUGUCCUUGGGGUUCAUGGACACCCUGGAGGUCCUGGUCACUUUGGGGGUCCUGGACACCCUGGAGGUCCUGGUCACUUUGGUGGUCCUGGACACCCUGGAGGUCCUGGUCACUUUGGUGGUCCUGGACACCCUGGAGAUGGAGGUGACCCUCACCAACUUCAACUACUCCAAGGGCCUGCAGGACCCCAACUCCGAGACCUUCCGCUCCUUCCAGAACCAUUUCCAGCAGGAGAUCAAGAAGAUCUAUGGGACCAUCCCUGGCUACGAGGGCGUGGAGAUCACCAGCCUCAGGCCCGGCAGCAUCGUGGUGGGACACCGCGUGUUCUUCACCAUGGCCGAGAGCGGCAACACCGCGGAGAAGUUCCAGGAGACCACGGAUGGGUUGUUGGAGAAGCUCCGGGAGACGGAGGCGAGCCAGGGCGACUGCCAGCACGACACCUCCGUGCUGUGCCUCAAGCUGAGACCUGACCCCGUGGUCAGUGGCAUGGAGAAGGUGUCGGACCUGGAUGAGCUGUGCCACCGGCGAGCGCCCCCCGGCUACGGCGCCUCCUUCUCGGCGCUGCUGACGUCGGGGGUCCUGUUCUGCGUCACCCGCUGCACCCCCAACCUGCCCCGGAGCCUCCAGUGCCACCACGGCCGCUGCCACGUCACCCGCGGGGGACCCCGCUGCUUCUGCCCGGACCAGGCCCUGUUCUGGUACUCGGGCUCCCAGUGCUCCGGCCGGGUCAGCAAAGUGGCCACCGGGCUGGGCGUGGUGGCCACCGUCCUCUUCCUCGCCUGCGUCAUCCUCGCGGCGCUGCUGCUCUGCCGCCGGCACCGGCGCCACCGGAGAGACCCCCCCCAUAAUUUUGGGGGUUCCUGGUACGAACUGGACGAUUUCUCCUGGAGCCCCCCCCGGGGGGCCGUGAUCCGGAACCCGAGGGUCGCCCCCCACCGCGACCCCCAGCCCCAUUUCGGCGACACCGAAACCUGGAGGAGACCCCUGAGACCCCCCCCCGGGGAUCUGGGGGGUCCCCGCGCCUUCAGACCGUCCUUGGAGAGCGUGGAUCCCUUCGUCCAGCUGAGGACCCCGAGGCCGAGGGUCACCCCUGACCUGUGA